UCUCUUCUCACUCGCUCAUCUGCCAGGAAAAGGGACUUGCUGUUGGCGCUUCGGCCUCUCGUUCAUUGAGAAAAAAGAGGAAAUACUCCGCGUGCGCUUCUAAAAGGGGGGUCGCCUUCAGCCCUGGACUGAAGUGUUCACCGGCGGAGGACUUGGCUCCGAAAUUUCCUGGGUUUUUAAUUUUAAUUUUUUUUUUUUUUUUUUUUGGUCUCCCGCCGAUUGCUCGGAAGUUGGACUGAAGCAGAGUUUGGAAAGAGGGGGAAAAGUUUGCAUCGGGGCUGGAUUUAUUUGCACAUCGCAGAAAGAAGAGAAUCCAAGGGAGAGGGGUUGGUGCAAAGCCGCGAUCACGGAGUUCAGAUGUGUUCUAAGCCUGCUGGAGUGACCACACUUCCAAGAUCUGAUGGAGGCCAGAGCUCAGAGUGGCAAUGGGUCGCAGCCCUUGCUGCAGGUGCCCCGUGACGGUGGCAGGCAGCGUGGGGAGCCUGACCCCAGAGAUGCCCUCACCCAGCAGGUACACGUGUUGUCUCUGGAUCAGAUCAGAGCCAUCCGAAACACCAAUGAGUACACAGAGGGGCCUACUGUGGUCCCCAGGCCUGGGCUCAAGCCUGCUCCUCGGCCCUCCACUCAGCACAAACACGAGAGACUCCACGGUCUGCCUGAGCUCCGCCAGCCUCCCAGGCUCCAGCACUCGCAGGUUCAUUCUUCUGCAAGAGCCCCUCUGUCCAGGUCCAUCAGCACAGUCAGCUCAGGGUCACGGAGCAGUACGAGGACAAGUACCAGCAGUAGCUCCUCUGAACAGAGACUGUUAGGAUCAUCCUUCUCCUCCGGGCCAGUUGCUGAUGGGAUAAUCCGGGUACAGCCGAAAUCUGAGCUCAAGCCAGGUGAGCUUAAGCCACUGAGCAAGGAAGAUUUGGGCCUGCAUGCCUACAGGUGUGAGGACUGUGGCAAGUGCAAAUGUAAGGAGUGCACCUACCCGAGGCCUCUGCCAUCAGACUGGAUCUGCGACAAGCAGUGCCUUUGCUCGGCCCAGAACGUGAUUGACUAUGGGACUUGUGUGUGCUGUGUGAAAGGUCUCUUCUAUCACUGUUCUAAUGAUGAUGAGGACAACUGUGCUGACAACCCGUGUUCUUGUAGCCAGUCUCACUGUUGUACCCGAUGGUCAGCCAUGGGCGUCAUGUCCCUCUUUUUGCCUUGUUUAUGGUGUUACCUUCCAGCCAAGGGUUGCCUUAAAUUGUGCCAGGGGUGUUAUGAUCGGGUUAACAGGCCCGGAUGCCGUUGUAAAAACUCCAACACAGUUUGCUGCAAGGUUCCCACUGUCCCCCCCAGGAACUUUGAAAAACCAACAUAGCAUCAUUAAUCAGGAAUAUUACGUAAUAAGGAUUGUUCCUUUUUUUUUCUUUAACACACAUAUGCAACCAACUAAACAGUUAUAAUCUUGGCACUGUUAAUAGAGGAUUGGGAUAUUUCUUUGCUGUUUGCAGUGAAAUGCUAUUUGUCCAUGUGCCAUUUUAACUGAUUUGCUUGUUAGAACUCAGCUAAUGGAACUUAAAAGUAUGGGAUACAGAACUUGGUGACCCACAUAUUGCAUAAGCUAAAGCAACACAGACACUCCUAGGCAGAGUUUUUGUUUGUGAAUAGUACUUGCAAAAUUUGUAAAUUAGCAAAUGAAUUUUUUCCAUUGUUUUCUCCAGAGAUAAUGUGCUAUAUUUUUGUAUAUACAAUAAUAUUUGCAACUGUGAAAAACAAGUUGUGUCAUACUACAUGGCACAGUCACAAAAUAUUAUACUAAUAUGUUGUACAUUCGGAAGAAUGUGAAUCAAUCAGUAUGUUUUUAGAUUGUAUUUUGCCUUACAGAAAGCCUUUAUUGUAAGACUCUGAUUUCCCUUUGGACUUCAUGUAUAUUGUACAGUUACAGUAAAAUUCAACCUUUAUUUUCUAAUUUUUUCAACAUAUUGUUUAGUGUAAAGAAUAUUUAUUUGAAGUUUUAUUAUUUUAUAAAAAAGAAUAUUUAUUUUAAGAGGCAUCUUACAAAUUUUGCCCCUUUUAUGAGGAUGUGAUAGUUGCUGCAAAUGAGGGGUUACAGAUGCAUAUGUUCAAUAUAAAAUAGAAAAUAUAUUAACGUUUGAAAUUAAA